GUGAAGUUCCUGGACCUGACGGCGCCCCAGUACGGAUUACCUGCCUACGACUGGGUGGUCAGUGUAGAGGUUGGGGAGCACAUCCCAGCCAAGUUUGAGGACAUCUACUUGGACAACCUGGCCAGGCAUGCCAAGGAGGGCAUCGUACUCAGCUGGGCUGUCCCUG